GCCUGGUCUUUUUUUGACAUGAUCGGAUGUUCAGGAUCACAUCAAAGAUCAAGAAAUUCGUCAAAGCGCAUCAGCGAUAUUCACGAUCACAAGAUGAACUGAAAAGAUCAGAACUCCAACUCCACAAUCUGGGAGAUCAGCUUGGCAUGGAUGCUAUUGGUGUUGGAAACAAUGAAGAGGACUCGAGUGUCAACAUCGUCAGUGAUGGAGAGCCUACUGGGAAUUAUGUUGCUAGCCCAAAGAGUAGAUUAAAGUAUUCACAGGGGAAAGCAUAUCCUCAAGUGAAUGAUGACAAAGAUGAAGAGGGGAAUGGACAAAAGAAUGGUCCUAAGCAAGCUGAUGAAGGCAAGAGUAAGAGAGAGAAAGCUGUAUCUUCUAGCAUUUCUUCAGCAGAGAAGGUUCUGCCUAAAGGACCUUUGAUUGGGAUGACACUACCACCAACAGGCAUGGCUGCUCAUGCUAUUGAUGAACUUGCUGAUAUUGAAGAAGAGAACAUUGAAUUAACUGAGCUUGCUUCAGCAGGAAAUGAGGUGGCUGUAUCAAAAGGCUUUCCUUCAUCAAUACAGUCAUUGCCCAGUGUUACAAGAAUUCUUUUUCUCAGUAUAAGCAUAAUAGUGAGAACGUGGACUUGAAGGGGCUGGGGGAGGAGACAGUGAACGUGGAUAAUGUGUAGGAUCAUCCCAUGCCUUAGAUACGAUUUUAUUAUCUUUGUGAGAUUCUGCGAGCCUUACAUUUUCGGGGGACCUGGCUUGUGUACAGCAUUUAGUUAGUGGGAUGUACUCCUCUUAUAUGUACCUUCUUACUAUUCUCAGUAGCAUUGGAAACUGGAAACAUGAUGAACUGUAGUCCUCCUUGAUCAAAGACGUUGUAACUUGUGUCACUUGCCAAAUCGUGUUAGGCUACCUUUUAUCCUCCUAUGUACAUAGGGUGAAAUCUCGUUGAAACAUCUUGAUGUGUUAGCCAAGAUGACUUAAAUAUGAUGAA